GAUUGGUGGGCCAACAGUGUAUAUGACAUCCAUGAAAAAGAGAGAUUGAAAUAUAUUUAAAAUCGAAACCGAUUGAAAGAGAGUUUCUACUACCACCAAUAUCCUUCACUUUUCUCACACAUUGUCUAUUUCAGAUUCGUCGACCCUUUUUCGGAAGCAGCCGCCGCGUUUUUGGUUUGGGGUUUGUAGAAAUGGUGUUUCCGGAGAACACCAACUGGCUCAGUGAUUACCCUUUGAUUGAUGGUGUUUUCUCUCAUCAUCAGAGUCCCACUUUCCCUUGGCAGAUCCAUGGCUCAGCAGCUACUACUGUCAGUGUUGAGGAAGUUGAUGGCUUCCUUUGUGAUUCAGAUGUGAUCAAAGAACCUGGCUCAAAGAAAAGAAUCAAACCGGAAUCUUGCGCUGGUUCUAGCUCGAAAGCCUGUAGGGAGAAACAAAGACGUGAUAGGCUAAAUGACAAGUUUACGGAAUUGAGUUCCGUAAUGGAACCUGGGAGAGCCCCCAAAACAGACAAGGUUGCUAUCAUCAGUGACGCCAUUCGCAUGGUGAAUCAAGCAAGAGACGAAGCAAAGAGAUUGAAAGACUUGAACUCAGGCCUCCUGGAGAAAAUCAAGGAGUUGAAGGAGGAGAAGAACGAGCUGCGUGAUGAGAAACAGAAGCUGAAGAUUGAGAAAGAGAGAAUCGAGCAGCAACUCAAAGCAGCUAUUAACACGUCACGGCCUUGUUUCUUACCAAACCCGCCAACACUCUCUCAAGCUCAAACUCCUGGAAGCAAGCUUGUGCCUUUCACAACUUACCCCGGCUUUGCCAUGUGGCAGUUCAUGCCUCCUGCUGUUGUUGAUACCUCACAGGACCAUGUCCUUCGUCCUCCGGUUGCUUAGAAAAGCUGCCCUCUUUGUUAACUUUUUUUUUUCUGAUAUAAUGGUUCUCCCAUUCUGGAGACAAUCCUAUGCAAACUUGUAUUGUGAUUUAUGAUCAUCAUGCGAUUAAUUUGCAUGUAAAAUGGAAAUAAGCAUAUGCGCUAACUGUGCAAAAUGUUGUUAACAUUGAAAAUAAUUGUUCUACAGAUUGUGAAUUUUAUGAA